AUGCCUACAAAAGCAGGCAAAAAAUCUCAAGGAGCAACUCUCUAUAAAAGAUUCGUUGAUGCUUAUAUGAAAGCUCGACCCGAAGAAAAACGUGCAGUUAAACAUCACGAUGCUCAAGUCGAAUGGAAUUCGAUAAAACAUAACGAAGAACUAGUUCAAGAAAAAAUCGAAGAAUAUUUAGAAAUUUAUAACAAAUUGGGCGCACCAGAAAAUGCGGGUCUUGCACGUCCACCGUCGCCAGAAGUCGUCGAGCGACGAGAAACGCGUGGUCGACCGAAAAAAGAUGCAAAAGCGAAUCCUACAACAACAGCAGACAAAGAAAAUAGUGGUGAGAAUAAGAAGAAAGACGAAGACUGGAAUGAAGUAGACGAUCUUGAUGAUCUCGAUGAUGACGAAGAAGAAGAAGAAGAAGAAAUAGUUGAAAAGAAGAAGAAAAAGAAAAAAAGUUAUUAUGUGAAAAAGCGCAAACCAGCGGAUGAAGAUAUUAUUCUCGAUCCAACUUUAGCCGCGCAAACAACUGGUGGACCGCUCGAGCCUUUACCGAAAAAAAUCCGUCAACCAGCACAAGAAAAAGCUUAUAAAGAACUGAGUGCCAUUAACGAACGGAUUGCUUCGUUAGUUCAAGUUAGACAAAUGGGUUUGGCAACAGCGGAAAAUAAGAAACAAUUGAAACAGUUGAUUAUCGAUCGAAAGAAGAAAGCAUACGAGCUGAAACGACUUCAAUCCAAACAACGGGCAUCGAAUAAAUAUCGAAAUAAACAAAAGAAAAUUGUCGAUAAUCUUUUAGAAUCGAAACCGGAAUUGCAACCGCAAUUAAACAAAUUGUAUCGGCGUGGUGUUGGUCGACCACGUGUCGAAGAACAAUGUCCAGAUUUACUACAAAUUAUCGAAGAAAUUGCAAAAGUUGGCGGUGCAAGUGACGAUCGUCGUCGAUCGGAAACCAUUCGUCCUUGUUUAACAUUAGAUGAUUUACGUGAAAAGAUCAAACAACGUGGUUAUGAUAUUAAACGAACAACACUUUAUUAUCGUCUUUUACCACAUCGUGCAUCAUCUAUCGAAGGUCGCCGACACAAUCAAACAGUUCCUGUUCGUCUCCGUCGUGCACAAAAUGACGAACAUGGUAAACAUGAAGAUGGACAUUUCGCUACGGCAACAAUUCGUUAUAUGAAAGAUUUAGCAUCGAUCUUUGGCAAUGAUUGUGUAUUCUAUUUAUCACAAGAUGAUAAAUGUAAAGUUCCACUUGGUUUACCAGCUGCUCGUGUUCAAGCACCAAUGUUAAUGCAUUUGGAUUAUCGAAUUCGUUUACCAGAUCACGAUUGGACAGUUGCACCACGUCAUCAAUUGACGCCUAGUGUUUAUGCUGCAUGUCUUUUAUCCGAAGAUGGUGAUUUGGGUUAUUCUGGUCCAACAUAUGUCGCGAUUCGAUCAGCUAAACACGAUCAAUCGAAUGCGGAAUCUCACGCAGUGGAUUUCGAUCGACUUGUUAAUUUAAAAGAAUUCGAAAAAGUCGCACGAGAUGAAACAGGACAAGUAAAACCGAUUGUCAUCGUCACGGUCGAUGGUGGUCCUGAUGAAAACCCACGUUUUCCAAAGACACUCGUUGCUUGCAUUAGAAAAUUUAAAAAAUAUAAUUUAGACGCACUUUUCUGUCUUACACAUGCUCCGGGUCAAUCCGCUUAUAACAUUGUCGAACGUCGUAUGGCGCCAUUGUCUCAUGAUCUUGCUGGUCUUAUUCUUCCACACGAUCAUUUUGGUUCACAUUUAAACGAUUCCGGAACAACAAUUAAUGUUGAUUUAGAAAAAUUGAAUUUCCGAAAAGCUGGUCAGAUCUUAGCAGAGACAUGGAACCAAACAGUUAUCGAUGAUUAUCCCGUUUUCGCAGAAUAUAUCAACCCACCAGUAACAUCCGAAGACGAACGACGACAAGUCGAUGUAAAAUUCGUCAUGGACGAACUUUUACGACAAGUUUGCGCUGAAGAAGAAGCUGAAGAAGGUUAUGAACAUCGUGUUUCAGCUCGAGAUGAAUAUUAUCAAGAGAAUGCUCGUCCAGCACGGGAUAAAUUUGGUGAACAACCCAAAUAUGAUAUCGAUGAAUAUUGGUGUGCAAUGCAUGUUUUACAAACACAAUAUACAUUACAAAUUGUUCGCUGUAAUUCAGUUGAAUGUUGUGGUCCAUGGCGUUCGAAUUAUAUCGAAGUAUUUCCUCAUCGAUUUUUACCAUCACCUGUUCCAUUUGAACGAACACCGUAUGGCGUUCGUAUGGCAGAAAAAGAUUAUCAAAAAGGACAAUUUUACGGUUCGUUAUUUCAACGAAUUCAAUUCCACGGAGUUGUCAUCGAACAUACACAAAAUGAAAUGUUACCAUUCGAUCAUUGCUGUUCAUCAGUGAAAAAAGAACUUCGAAAACGAACAUGUCGAAUUUGUAAUCAAUAUAUUCCUUCGGCUUAUCGAAUGAAAAAUCAUUAUAAAAUUCAUGCUCAACAUUAUGAAGAUUUUGAUCAUGAACAAGAUGAUACUUUACCUUUGACAAAUGGAAAUGAUUCUAUGAAUGAAACUCAACCGAUAACAACAGCACCGCCAGUGUUUAAAACAGAAAUGUUGGAUUGGCUUCGGUCAGAUUUCGAUGAAAUUGAUUUGGGUCCAGCACCAACUAAACUUGCAAGUGAUCGAGUAACACGUAGUAUGAAGAAAUUAUGUGUAGAAGAAAAGAAAGAAGAUGAUGAUAAUGAAGAUUGGGUACAUGUUGAAUAA